AAUUAAAACAUACGCUGGAUUAAAAAUAAACAUUUAAAUAAUAACUAUAACGGUUGUUAAUAUCCCGGUUAUAAAACAUACAGUGUGCAUUUAUUGCUCACAAAAUUAUUUGCACCACAUAAAUCGUAUUGAACUUUGUUACGACUCCGCCUUUUAUGCUUUUGACACACAUAUGAUCCGGCUCUGCUGGUUCGGUUAUAGCACUGAUUUUCGACAGUUGAUCGGUUCAGCUGCAUACUUCUGUCCAUUUUAAUCUUCCACAGCUCUCCUCAAAUGAAUCUUUAUGCCAAGUUGUUGCUGGGCAGCAUAUGCGUUGCUUUCAUUGCGCUUCGAUGGAGUGCUCCGUCAUUUAAUAAGGAGUCCUUGAAGGGUGCCAGGGUGCUGGUGACUGGUGCCAGUACUGGCAUCGGCGAGCAGUUGGCGUACCACUAUGCCCGUUUAGGAGCCCAACUCGUUAUCACGGCGAGGAGAGAAAAUGUCCUAAAACAAGUUGUGAGUAAGUGCUUGGAAAUAGGGGCUCAACGGGCCUUGUUCAUCCCUGCGGACAUGGCGAGCGCCUCCGAUGCUGAAAGCGUGGUGCAGUAUGCCAUCGAACAGCUUGGGGGUCUGGAUUACCUGGUUCUGAACCACAUCGGGCCCAGUCCGUACAGAAUGUGGGAUGGAGACGUGGAGCACACACGAUGGCUGCUAGAGGUGAAUUUUCUUAGUUAUGCACAGAUGACUCAGAAAGCUUUGCCUACUCUUGAAAAGAGUAAAGGAUCAAUAGUUGUUGUUUCUUCCCUGCUAGGAAAAUUAUGCGGCCCCUUUGCUUUGCCGUAUGCCGCAACAAAGUUUGCACUCAACGGUUUCUUUGGAGGCCUGCAGCAUGAGCUAGCUAUGCAAAAAAGCAAUGUGUCCAUAACCAUCUGCACACUCGGCCUGAUUGACACAGAUAGCGCCAUGGAGAAAAUCAAAGGUUACAUCAAUAUGACUGCCUACCCUGCACAAGAGGCUGCCUGGAACAUUAUCGAAGCUGGAGCGUCUCGACAAUCUGAGACCUUUUACCCUUGGUACACCUUCUACGCCUGUCUCUUCAGAGACUGGUUCCCCUACUUUAGGGAUCAAGCGAUUCAAAAUUCCUACACAUAUAAUCCGCAAGUUGAUAAGGACCCAGUUACUGGAAGCUGACAGAUUCAUCGAAAUCUAUGUGUGGAGCAGAGCAUUAGCCAUUAGCGCAUGUGCUUUGACACACACCAAGCCAAUGGUGCUCAUGAGGGUGAUCAGUUCUUCUCCCUGUUGUUAAAGAUAAAAAAUAAAGCUUUAUGAUGAAAUAACAUUUAACCUGCUGAGAAAUAUUCCAUGAUUGAGGUGAUUUGUAGUACAUUACCAAGAACAUAUUGCUGCUGUAAAGCUUAAAAGAGUUUAAACAUUGUGUAUUUCGCCUGUUCACAAACUGUAUGCACAUUUUGGCAGAAGCUGUUUGUAAAGUUUGUUAAAACCCAUAUAUUUCAUGUAAUCAGGACUUUAAACUAUGUUUGUGUGUAUACUAAACUACUUAAUGUAAAGCACUCUGAACUUACCUCAUAUUUUCUUAUCAGUUACACACAUUAUCCAUGUGUCUGAGGCGAAUAUCUUGUAUAGACUCGACAAUAAAGAUGUUCCAAUAAAAGCUU